AUGGAAGCGGCGGCUUCAGUCGGCCACGAACCUCCGUCGAAGAACGGUCCCCAUCGUCCGGAUCGACGAAUAGUCUGGGUAUAUCCUAUCGACCGCGAUAGAGAUACCUUCGAUCUCGAAAAAAAGGGUGCGAAAGUCAAUCCUUUUUUUCUCCGUGCGACUCUGAGAAUUUACGAAAGCGAUUAUCAAUAUGUGAAAUUGGAUGCAAGGCGAGGUUUAUCCUCGGCCGUUUUGGAAGCGCCAAACUUUGAUAUUAGUCCUUUGACUAAUCAAUCCAUAACGUUGCGACAGCAUGAACCCGUGAGAAGAUUCGCAUGCCCCGUGGGAUUCUUCCGACUGAAACGAUUCUGUUAUUAUCUGAGCGCCGGUACGGCACCAUGGAGAGAGGCGCACUUUCAUUGCAAGGACAGAAAUGCCACUUUAGCAAUAUUGGACAGAAACGGAAAAGACAAGAUGCUGAGGAAAUACCUAAUGGGGGAUCAAUUUACAAAAUUGGAGCGAUGGAUCGGAGGAAUUUUCAACUGGCAACAAAUGGCUUGGGAAUGGGGUGUAACAGGUGAAAAGAUGGUUUUCCAGAGCUUCGGGAAAAUGGAACCCGGGAGAUCCAAGAAGUAUGCAUGGCACUGUAUCAUAAUGGAUCCCGUCUUGAAAUAUAAGUGGAGUGCAAGGAGUUGUAUGGAACGGAAGCAUUAUAUAUGCGAAGUACCCGCCGGCCGUUUAGCCAGAAGACGCAAGAAGUCUCAAGACCCCUUCGCGCCGCAAAACCAAAGAUUAAAGCCUAGAAAAAAGGGCAAAAAGUACUCAGAUGAACAGAGGAAACCAGAUGAAAGAAAGAAGAAUCGAGCAAAUUCGAGAAGAAAUUGGUUAGAUCAAGGAGAGAGUCAACAAUGGGCUCAUGGUGUCAAACUAGGAUCGCGACCACCUUCUAACGUGAAGAUGAUGCCCAGAGAGCGCACACGACAUCAUUCAAAUAGAACCCGUGUGCAAUCAACUGUACCAAGAGUUGCCCAAGUAUUACCACAAGGACGAGAAUAUGGCGCAUUUUUAGCCAACGGAUACCAUCAAUCUCAGAAUCUAGCAGAUAUGAACAACGUUCUUUCGCAGUUCCAUAAUAAAAUAAAUGACUUCGCGCGGGAGGAGAUUUUAUUGAAGCCGUGAAAGAAAAAUUUGAAUCACUAUAUCAAUAAUUAUAAUUAUAUAAUUGCAGCUUUAUUACUGUUCCGUUACAUAAUGUACGCAUCUAAAAAAACCCACUUGAAAGAUAAACUUUCAUUACAACGACACUGUUAAACUGCCAGCGUUAUUUUAUUAUAAUUUAUAUUAUUUGUGGCUGUUAUUGUAAAAAUUAAUUUUGCAAACCAUGAAAAGUUAGCACAAUUAAAGCUAAUCUCGAAAUAUUCCUUGAGAUUCCUCUGUCCAAAUAUUGAAUAAUCUGAACAUUCUAAAUAGAAGAACUAUUGAGAUGUACUAAUUAUUGAGAUGUUGUAGUCAGAAUAUUGUAGACAUCGCACUCGAUACUGUUACUGACAUCCAAAUAUUCUCAGUGUGUACUUAUCUAUUAUAUAUUGUAAUAUCAUUACC